UCUACAUAUACUUUUAAAAAUAGAAAUAGAAACAAGGAAGAAGAAACUUCAAAGCUGACGACUUGACAACAGUCCAAAGCUCAAGUCUUCUCUUCCACUUAUCUAACUCUUCUUCAUUGGUUCUCCCCCCUACUUCUAAAGAACUGCAGUCGUUAAUAUCAUCAUAGCUUCAAAAAUUUAUCAAUACCCAUGGCAAUUCAACACUCUUUCAUUUUACUUACUUUUCUUCUUCAAUUUUCAUCACUGCAAUUUCCCUCACUCGGACUAUACAAUAUCCAAGACACUUACUUCAUCAACUGUGGAUCAGAUAUCAAUGUUAAAGAAAAUAACAAGCUCUAUAUUGGUGAAUCAAAUUCUACUUACCCUAAAACAUUAUUCGACAUAAGCUUUACAGAAACAAGCCAAUCAUUAGUGCCUUCACCUCUCUACCAAACAGCAAGAAUUUUCCAUUCUGAAUCUUCUUACGAGUUUACUACAGUCCCAAACAACACCUACAUGGUACGUUUUCAUUUCCUUUCAUUCUCUUCACCAACUAAUCUUUCCACUGCUCAAUUCAAUGUUUCCGUUCCCGGUUUCUCUCUCUUACAAAAUUUUGAUGCCAAAAACUUCACUUACUCCCCUUUAAUAAAAGAGUAUUUUGUCAAAAUCAUCCGAAAAAGAUUCAAAAUAACUUUCACACCUCAAAACUCAUCAUUCGCCUUUGUUAAUGCAAUAGAACUCUUUAUGCUCCCUAUUCAUUUUAUCUCCGAUUCAGUAGUGCGUUUCAAUUACAUCGGUUCUACAGGUCGAGGCCUAUCUACUUAUAGUGGCAAUUUACUCUCUCGAGCGUUGGAAACUAAACACCGUCUUAACAUUGGUGCUGAAACUGUCACUAGAUUAACCGAUAACUUAUCGAGAGAGUGGUUACCAGAUGAUAAUUAUAUAACUACUCCACAGAACGCUACGAAUAGUUCCUUUAGUGGUGAUAUAAAACGCACAGCAAAUGAUGAAUCUGAUGGUCCAAAUUCAAAUCAAUAUAUUGCUCCAGAUAUUAUUUAUCAAUUUGCCAAAGAGAGUAAAAACGGUUCUAACGGUUUAAGCAUAAGUUGGAGUGUUCCUGUGGAGAAGAAUAUUGAUCAUUUCAUUAGGCUUCACUUUUGUGACUUUUCAAAUCAACAGCCUGGUCUUACCACUUUCUUUCUCUAUAUUUAUGACACUUAUGUUCAAAAUGUAAAUGAUAAUGGCCCAGGUAUAUCACUUGAGUUGAAUGAUCCUUAUUAUUAUGAUUUUGUGGUUCGCUCCGAUGGCUCUGGGCUAUUGAAGGUUACUGUAACACCUAAUGUGACGGUUUCUUUACCAAACGCAUUUUUAAACGGCCUAGAACUAAUGAAAGUGAUUGAACCAUCAGGUUUGAUUCCGUUAGAUGAUUUGGAUUCAAAUUCAAAGGUUAGUAGUCUUCCCGUGGUGGUGGGUUCGGUUGUUGGAGGUUUAGUUCUGGUUUCUGUUCUGGUGUUUGCGUUUCUUUGGAUUGGUAAAAUAAGGAAACAAAGACUUCCCGAUAAUUCUGAUUUGUUGGCGAUUCCAGCUGCUGCAGGAGCGAUUUCUCAUAGAAGAUUAACUUAUGGAAAAACAACUCAAGGUUCACCUUUAGCUAACAUAAAUCUUGGCCUGAAAAUUUCAUUGCUUGAUCUUCAAUUAGCAACGGAGAAUUUUGAUGCGAAGAGGAUAAUAGGAAAAGGUGGUUUUGGAAAUGUUUAUAAAGGAGUUCUCAAGAAUAGAAUGAAUGUUGCAGUGAAACGAAGUGUGUCGGGAUCAGGCCAAGGGCUUCUUGAAUUUGAAACUGAGAUAAUGGUUUUGUCCAAGAUUCGACACAUACACCUUGUUUCCUUAAUUGGGUAUUGUGAUGAAAGCGGUGAGAUGAUACUUGUUUAUGAGUAUAUGAAAAAGGGGACACUUAGAGAGAAUCUGUACAAUACAAAUUUGCCUAGUUUUCUUACUUGGAAGCAAAGGCUUGAGAUUUGUAUUGGUGCUGCUAAAGGUCUUCAUUACCUUCACAAAGGAGUGGCUGGUGGAAUAAUCCAUCGCGAUGUGAAAUCCACAAACAUAUUGCUUGAUGAGAAUCUUGUUGCUAAACUUGCUGAUUUUGGUCUUUCAAAGACAGGUCCUAUUGAUCAAGAAUCUUAUGUCGGCACAUGUGUUAAAGGAACCUUUGGAUAUCUUGAUCCUGAUUACUUCAAAUCACUCAAGCUUACAGAAAAAUCUGAUGUUUAUUCUUUUGGGGUUGUUCUACUUGAAGUGUUGUGUGCAAGACCAGCCAUCGAUCAAUCUUGUCCAAGUGGGCAAGUCAAUUUGGUCGAGUGGAGAUUGGGUUGCAAAGACAACGGGAUACUUGAAGAGAUUGUUGAUCCUUCCAUAAAAGAGCAAAUUGAUGAAAACUCGCUUAGAGUAUUUAGCGAGACAGUGGAAAAAUGCGUGCAGGAAAAUGGUAGUGAUAGACCAACAAUGCGUGAUGUGUUGUGGAACUUGGAAUAUUCUUUGCAGCUUCAGUUAGAACAACACAAGGAUAGUUCUAGCAUUGGUUUAACAUUACUUCAAUUUUCUAAUAUUCAACGUUUACUUUCUCUGUCUACACUGGUCGAAGUGGACGGCAUGUCUAUUGGGAAGGUUGAUGAAUCUGAAAGUGCAGCGUUGAUGAUGCUAGAUAACAUUUCGUGCGAAGCAAAUCAAGGCACAACGAUCAACUCGUGUGUGUCUCCAUAAGAGUAGCUGUUUUUUAGAUAUCUCACUUUUCUGUUUGUCCUUGUUUCCAUGUAUUUUUUUUCAUCCUUAGCUAUUGUGGUUUGUCUAUUCCUAAAUGUAGGAUUAAUGGAAUAAAACAAUUCAAUAAUCAAUUAUAAGAUUAAUUUAAUGAGAUAUCAAAGUUACUUUUAUAACAAGGAAUGUGGAAUGUGGUUAAGUCGUCAUUGGUUUUUCUUCUCUUUACCAACUCUCUACUUUCAUGAACUAAUUCAAUCAUUAAUACUAGAUGCUGCGUUUUUAUUGUACUGAAGUGUGUAAAUUAUUGUUGGGAUUGCUUGAUUUACAAAUUAAUGAACAUAAGAGAGAGUGAUGAAAUUUAGAUAUAUGCAAGAAGUAGUUAGGGAAAGAGAGGCUUGGUACUGAUGAUCUCAAUCAGUUGCCACCAUAGGCAAGAGU